UCAACUCGUGCAUUGAACCAAAUUUAAAAACUAAAAAAAAAGAAUAACCAAUUCCCGCCAAGACUGUGAAAUAGUACAGAUAACAAAUCGCGUGUGUUUUUAAAUGCACGUUGAGACACGUAACGACAGUGUUUCUCAAACUAUAAUAAAAUUUCUCAAGGACUUUAUUUAUUUGUAUUUAAAAUUCGCGUUUUACGCAAUAAUAAUAUAUUUUAUUUUCUAUUAUUUUGAUUAUUAUUUGUCUUAGUGUGUUUAUAGAUAUGUGAAGUGACGUGAAAGUGGGAAAUUGAACAAAGUGUUAUUUUGUGUUGAACGAGCGGACAAUUAUUGGUGAACACAACAUGAAGCGAUCACGGCACAGAUGGCUGGGGUUAAGUUUAUUUUGUAUAGCAAUAAUAGCCCUGUCCAGUGUACCUAACACAUCAGCUGCCAGGGCCACCUCCCUCUUCAAGACCACAUCCACAACUGCUGCCCCUGAGGAGGAAUCUCCAGUCCCUGAUGAUGAAGCACAAGUGGAACCCACGACGGAAGCAGAGACCAACACCACAAGCAAGCUAUCUGGUAAACCCCAGAUUGACUAUAUCUAUGACCCUAACCUGCCUCGAGAACUAAAUGGGUACAAUUUAUCGGAAUACCCAUUCUAUGAAGCUGUUCCACCCCCGGAGACUAUGGACUUCAAGUGUGAUGGUCUACAUGAUGGGUUUUAUGCGUCCAUUCCUCAUAAGUGUCAGGUCUACCAUCACUGUUUAUUCGGUACGAGAUACGACUUCCUCUGCGCGAACUAUACAGCUUUUGACCAGAAAACAUUCAUUUGUCAAUUCGUGUCUGAAGUUGACUGCAAGAACUCAGCGAAUUAUUUUAGCAGAAACGAAGCGCUCUACAAACAAGACAGUACUACAACCCCCGCUCCCCCCUCCACCACGACCACAACUACCACGACCACUCCCCGCCCGCCCAGACCGGGUCGUCGACGCCCCUACCAUAGAUACGAGUAUUAUGACGAUGAUGAAUAUUAUUAUCCACGGGAUCGAGAUGAAUAUGAUUAUGAAGAAAGAGGAGGUAGACGACAAAGACCCAGACCUGCCAGACCUGGUAAAAGAAGGCCACAAGAUGAUUAUGAUGACAGAUACGAAACCCGAACAAGACCACGGGACGAAGCAGAAGAAGAAUACGAAGAUAGAAGACCGUAUGACAGACCGAGAACCAAAAGACCGUACACAGAUUACAGAAGACCAUAUGAUGAUGAGGAAAUACGACCCUACAAAGGUGGAAGACGGCAAAGACCACGAGAUGAAGAGGAUGAAAGAUAUAGAGCUGAAGAUGAAGAUAGGCCAAGACCAAGUGCACGACCAAAACAAAGACCGAGAGACGAAUUUAGAUCCAGGGAUGAUGUUGAAAAUGAUAAACUGGAUAGACCAAGAGAUGAUGAACGAUUAAGAGAUGAACGUCCUAGAGAUGAAAUGAGACCUCGUGAUGAAGUUAGGCCAAGGGAUGAAGUCAGACCAAGGGAUGAAAUCAGACCUAGGGAUGAAAUGAGGCCUCGUGAUGAGGUAAGGCCUAGGGAUGAAAUCAGACCAAGGGAUGAAAUUAGGCCAAGGGAUGAAAUCAGACCUAGAGAUGAAGUAAGACCUAGAGACGAAAUAAGACCUAGAGAUGAAAAAAGGCCACGGGAUGAACCCGAAAUAAUUGAUGAUAUUAAGCCGCGAGAUGAAGUCAGACCUCGCGACGAAAUUCGUCCACGUUAUGAAUUUCGUUCGAGAGACGACAAGAGACCCGAUAGGAGACCGUUAAGAGAUGAAAUAGCUGACGUUAAGCCCACAGAAAGACCUUCAGGCGAAGGACGUGGACAGUUCCGGCCAUUCAAGGGUAGAGAAAGAGAAGAAAGACCGUAUGUAAAACCAGAGAGAAACUACGAUGAUGAAGAUAAAAUAGAAGAAGAAAAGCGCCAAGUAUCCACGGCUCCAGAUCCAUCACAGCCUUUAGUUAAGCCAAAUGGUCACGGUAUUUUCAGCAAACCGAGAAUGCCGCCAAAAAUUAAACGUCCAGUCCCUUUGAGUGAAAAGGACAAGUACGAUUACGUUCCUGUAUCUACCACGAAAUUACCAGCGAAAGCGGCUGACGAUGAUUAUUAUGAUGAUUAUGAAGAAGACGAUAUAAGUAGACCGAUGCCAUCAGCUAAAACUAGUACAUUUCAGCAGAGGCCUAAACCAGAACCUGUCGAAAGAGAAAAAUUUAAACCGUCCAGACCAACAGGCCCCGCUAAUUUAAAAGUGAAAAAGCCUAAAAGACCGAUAGAUUACGAUGACGACGAAUACUAUUACGAGCCUACGCCUAAAACUGCGAAAUACACAUACGCGCAAAGAGGCAAAGAGGACAGACCAUUAAAAGUAAAAGAUGAUGACUAUUACGAUGAGGAAAAAGAAAAAGAAGCGUCGCCUAGAAAAAGGUUAGAUGACGACAUAGUCGACAAGGUAAAAGACGUGAGGACGAACGUGAAAGUUGUUAAGCGUCCUUUUUUACCGUCUAGGGGUGGGAGUCCCUACCUACCAAGAGGAUUACAACCGGUAGGUGGGAAAAACUUGAACUCAGCACCAAAUACCACCCCUAAACCGACUACCACUUCCUCUACUACUACCACUAGCACUACUACCACUACUACCACCACUACCACUACUACACCUAAACCUACAACCACUAGACAAACAACAACAACAACACGCACAACAACCGUUCCUACCGCGGCAACAACACCAAAGCUUGAAGAAGAAUAUGAAUACUACGAUGAAGAUGAAGAAGAUUAUGAGAGCAAAAAAGAACCAGAAACAACAACAAAAGCCGCAGAAGUCAAAACCAACCCGCCUACAACAACACAAGCGAACAGAGCGAAAGAUCUAGCUACAAAAGUCCUACGAACAUUUAACGAUAAUUACGAAGCAAUAAAAGAACAAUUAGAAUCAACACUCAAACCAGGCGCAUAUCUAAAACCUUACAUUUCCCAGAUCAACAAAGAAGACAAGAAAAUAGAACCAAAACCAGAAAUAUCAAAACCCUACACAGCAACGGGCAAACCGUUAAAACUAGAUGUAUCUAUCAAGCAGAAUUUAGCGGAUUCAAUUGAAAAUGAGUACGACGAGCGAUUUAAUGAUGCUCUAGCUCCAGCAUUGCCUAAUAUACGUGCUCCUAGCGGUUUCAUCGUUCCUACAAAUCGAGAUUAUACCUUCAGUAGAUUUAGGAAUAGUCUCCAACCAGAUCCACAAUACGCAGCUUCAGAAUUAUCCCAGUACCAAGUUAGAAAAUUGCCCCAAAUUUCCGGAGUUAGUAUCCGAACUCCUACAUCAUAUUACUUAAAACCACAGGGCUAUAAGGACGGCCUCACACGGCCGGUUAGACAACUUGUGUAUAGACCAUAUUAUGGGGAUUUCUUUUAAAUAGCUAAGGGUAACCUUUGAAAGAUGGAAGCGUUGUGAUUUAGGUUGUAAGAAUCCGAUGCUUUGACACACUAUAUUAAACAGUUGAACAAUAACUGAUAGGAUUGCUGUAAAAAAAUAAGUUCAGUUUUAACUGUUUUAACAACUAAUCUAUAUCUCUGUAAUAUGUUUUAUAUGUAUAUUUUCUA